CUGCGGGCAGUCUGAAGUGUUGGUGAUUACCGCAGAACAGUCAGUGUCAUCAUGGUCAUGGAAAAAAUCAUUUUCUGCGUCCAGAUCCUCAUCAUCUUAACAACGGCUUCAAGCUAUCCCCAUCUUUACAACCCCUACAAUCCUGGAUACAACCCACACUAUCAGAACCCAAUACCCAACUAUGCUCAGUAUAAUAGCCCGUACAACCAGUAUCUACAAUCAUACACCAAUGACUUGAUCCAAGACCGAGUAGCGGCAGCAUACUUAGCAACCCCGGACAUCUUACCCAAUCUUAACUUACUAGCAGAAGUGCCUUACUCGAUAUCCAACAAGUUCACUGUAGUACCCAUGCUCCUGAUGGCGAAGGAGAACAUGAAGAUGGUGUCACAAGCUCACAUCAUGGGUGUAUCUACCACCAAACCAAUAAUGACUAUAAAGACGAAGCAGGACAGCUUACUUCAAUGUACUCCGGCUGUCAGGAUAGUGUUGGAUAAGCCUAUCGUGGUCUACAGCUUGAAGAGCAGCGUCCUGUUUCCUUCUGAGGUCGAGAUUGUCCAUGAAAGGUACAGGAUUCCAAUCAAGGUUGGUGCGGUGAUAGCUCCAAUCCAGCAGACCACCUUCGUGUCGGCUGACACACCAACUGCUAUCAAUGUUGUAUACGCUGUACCAACGAGACCAGUGACUUUGGAUUACGUCAAUAAUGAGGAUGCUGUCUUUGUACCGGAGACUGAAGCUGUGGUGGUGGAAGCCGAGGAACCACUUAAUUUGCCUCCAAAGAAUGUAACUAUCCUAAAUUUCCCCGACAGGGAAGCAGAGCCUGUGCUUGAGGUUGACGAAGAAGACGAGGAACUUGUAAACAGGAAUCCGCCUCAAGUUCUUGCCCCAGCUGGUAUCGUUCAAUCCACCCAACCCCAUGCUGUGGUAGAGCCUUUCACAAACUCCAAGGAAUCCCCAGUUCUCAUAGAACUCAGGGAAGAAUCGAAAAAGCGUUUUAGGAGUAACUGAGCUAGACAGGAUAUUUGACAAAUUUCAUGGACUUUCGUUUAUUUAUUUAGGAUGUAUUUAAGUUUUGACGCCAGGAUUUUAUUUAAUAAAUAAUUUGUAUUUUUGUAGGUACUAAGUAUCAUUUACCUCUGUAUUUCUAUUGUAAAGUUUUGUGCAGCCACUGCCAUAUCAAAUGUUAAAAUUUUACGAAUAUUGCUUUAUAGAUGGCGCCCAACAAAAAAAUAAAAAUUUCUUUGUUAAUAA